CAGCCGCCAGCUCGCUCCGCUCUCGCUGCAAUAAAUCGGCUUAGGGCGGCAGCGCGGCGGGUGCGGGCCGAGAGCUGGGGGGUGGGGGGGGCACGGAGCCCCCCGCCGCGAUGGCCGCCUGCCCCCCGGGCAGGGGGCUGGGGCGCCGGUGAGCCCCAUGGGGCUGCCCCCCCCGCGGGCAUCAUGCGGACGAUGAGCCCCCUGCCCCUCUGCCUGCUGCUCUGGGACCUCCUCGACCUGGCCCUGGCCUACCUGACGGUCAGCAUCGAGCCGCUGCCACCCGUGGUGGUGGGAGAUGCCGUCACUCUGAAAUGCAACUUCAAGACAGAUGGGAAGAUGCGGGAGAUCGUCUGGUACCGGGUCACCGAUGGUGGGACCAUCAAGCAGAAGAUCUUCACCUUCGAUGCCAUGUUCUCCACCAAUUUCUCACACAUGGAAAAUUAUCGGAAGCGGGAGGAUCUGGUCUACCAGUCCACCGUGCGGCUCCCCGAGGUUCGCAUUUCAGACAACGGUCCCUACGAGUGUCACGUGGGGAUUUACGACCGAGCCACACGGGAGAAAGUGGUCCUGGCCUCCGGGAACAUAUUCCUCAAUGUGAUGGCUCCUCCGACCUCCAUCUCAGUGCUCGCCGCUGACACACCGGCACCCUUCAGCCGCUACCAGGCGCAGAACUUCACCCUGGUGUGUGUGGUCUCUGGUGGGAAGCCUGCCCCACUGGUCUACUUCAAACGGGAUGGGGAGCCCAUCGAGGCCACCCCACUGCCGGAGCCGCCGGCCGGCGCCGGGAGCUGGGCACCCCGUAACCUCCUUCACCGCGACCUGGAUGACACCAAGGUGCCGAAAUCACUGGCAGCCGAAGGAGAGGUGGGAGGCGGGCGACCCCCAGCCACGGUGGAUCCCCCCCGGGGCCUGGCAGCCGAGCGGGGUUCCGUCACCGAAACCAUCCCCGAAACGGUGGUAAGCCGGGAAUUCCCGCGGUGGGUGCACGUGGCGGAGCCCAUUUACUAUUUCCGCCACACGCACGCGCCCGUCAGCGAUGGGACGGUGGAGGCGCGGGCCACCCUCACCUGGACCCUGAACCCCCAAAUUGACAACGAGGCGCUCUUCAGCUGUGAGGUGAAGCACCCGGCGCUCUCCAUGCCCAUGCAGUCCGAGGUGACACUUGUUGCUCCCAAGGGCCCGAAGAUCACAAUGACCCCGACGAGAGCCCGCGUCGGUGACACCGUGCGGAUCUUGGUGCAGGGCUUCCAGAAUGAAGUCUUCCCUGAGCCCCUCUUCACCUGGACGCGGGUGGGGAGCCGGCUUCUCGAUGGCAGCGCCGAGCAUGAUGGCAAGGAGCUGGUGCUGGAGCGGGUGCCGGCCGAGCUCAACGGCUCCAUGUACCGCUGCACUGCCCAGAACCCCCUGGGCUCCACCGACACCCACACCCGGCUCAUCGUUUUCGAAAACCCAAAUAUUCCCAGAGGAACAGAGGACUCCAAUGGUUCACUUACCGGCCACUGCGGCUUCAGACUAGUUUUGGCACUCACCCUAACAGUGAUCCUGGAGCUAACGUGAAGCUUUGCCUGCCUCUUCCUCCUCCUCCUCUUCCUCCGUACGGCUCCACCCAGCAUUUACACCUCCGUCAAUCGGUUUCUCUUGCUCUCUUUUUUUUUUUUUUUUUUUUUUUCUAUACUAUUUACAGUCUCAGUCUCUUUCUGUCUGUGUCUUGGCUUCCUCAGACAAUUUAAUUAAAAGGAAAAA